AUGGAAUGCGAUCUUGGCAUAGGGUCUGCAGCAGCAAGAGGAGUGUUAUUUACAAUUGUGUCAACAACAAAUGGUUACCAAAAUAAGUCAGUGGAAGCAGAGGGAUGUUGGCUUAGUGUUUGGUUACUGGCAGAGGCUAUUAAUCAUGACCUGCAGAAACUCCUCAACCAAAAUGAUUCCCACUUGGGAAAGUAUGUAUUUUCUUAA